CGGAAUGUUGGUCACCAUGCUAUUACUAGCCGGUACGUCGGAAAACUGUCAACGCUCUUUACAUGGUUGAUAGAGGAGUAUACCACGUGCGAUUAAAACAAAGUUGUUAAAUUGUGAGACUAAUAUCGCAAAUUCAACAUGCCUUUAGCGGUCGAUCUGUUGCACCCGAGUCCCGAGAAACAGAGGAGGUCCCACAAAAAGAAGCGGUUGGUGCAACAUCCAAACAGCUAUUUCAUGGACGUCAAGUGCCCUGGAUGCUACGCUAUCUCAACGAUUUUUUCGCACGCGCAGAGCGCCGUCCCUUGCAAGGGAUGCUCCACUAUUUUGUGCACGUCCACGGGUGGCAAAGCUAGAUUAACGGAAGGUUGCAGUUUCAGACGCAAACAGCAUUAAAAACUAUAUUUCGUAAAAUCAAUGACGAUGUAAUUUAAGCUUUGUUUAAAUAAAUUCGAAACAAGUAA